AUGAACUUUGUGUUUGUUCUCACGGCUCUACAGCACACUCUGCUGGCCGAAAGCCGCCAUUUUACUUUGCUGAAGCAUAGGCCGGAAGUGGAAAAUAUGCAGCCGGAAGUAAAACAGUCAAGGCGCUUUAUCGUGUUGAGGAAAGGAAGAUGGCGCCUGCUGUGUGUGUCUGUCUGUGUGUGUGUGUGUCUGUCUGUGUGUGUGUGUCUGUCUGUGUCUGUGUGUGUGUGUGUGUCUGUCUGUGUGUGUGUCUGUUUGUGUCUGUGUGUGUGUCUGUGUGUGUGUGUCUGUUUGUGUCUGUGUGUGUGUCUGUCUGUGUCUGUGUCUGUCUGUGUCUGUGUCUGUGUCUGUGUCUGUGUGUGUGUCUGUGUGUGUGUCUGUUUGUGUCUGUGUGUGUGUCUGUCUGUGUCUGUGUGUGUGUCUGUUUGUGUCUGUGUGUGUGUCCCCACAACAGAUCUCCUUCGCAGACUGUCCAAAUCCCAGAAUACGGUGUUCUGUGGGAGGAUCCAGCUUUUCCUCGCUCGUCUGUUCCCUCUGUCUGAGAAAUCAGGUCUGAAUCUUCAGAGUCAGUUUAACCUGGAGAACAUCACAGUGUUUAACAAGAACGAACAGGAGAGCACACUCGGACAGCAGAGCUCUGAUGUUAAAGAGGACGGAAUGGAAGAAGGAGAAAUGGGUGAAGAAGACACACCUGCUCCAUGCUCCAUUCCAAUAGACUACAACUUGUACAGGAAGUUCUGGAUGCUGCAGGAUUACUUCAGGAACCCGGUGCAGUGCUACGACAAGUUCUCCUGGAUCACCUUCGUGAAGUACUCGGACGAGACGUUGGCGGUGUUUAAGAGCUUCAAGCUGGACGACACUCAGGCCUCCAGGAGGAAGCGGGAGGAGAUGCAUACAGCUGGAGGCGAACAUGUUUAUUUCGCAAAGUUCCUGACCAGUGAGAAGCUAAUGGAUCUGCAGCUUAGUGAUAGUAACUUCAGACGUCACAUCCUGCUGCAGUACCUCAUCCACUUCCAGUACCUCAAAGGUCAGGUCAAGUUCAAAAGCUCCAAUUGUGUCCUUAGUGAUGAUCAGACGUCCUGGAUGGAGGAGACUACAAAGCUUGUAUAUCAGUUACUCAGAGAAACUCCUCCAGACGGUGAGAUGUUUGCUGCUAUGGUGGAGCACAUUCUAAACACAGAGGAAAACUGGAACGCCUGGAAGAACGAGGGAUGUCCAAGUUUUGUCAAAGAAAGACCCACAGAGACCAAACCACAGCGACCCAGCAGGAAACGAGCAGCACCCGAGGACUUCCUGGGUAAAGGACCAGAGCGUAAGAUCCUGAUGGGCAAUGAUGAACUGACACGACUGUGGAACCUCAAUCCUGACAACAUGGAGGCGUGCAAAUCCGACAGCAGGGAGUUUAUGCCGUCCCUGGAGGACUUUUUUGAGGAGGCCAUCGAGCAGGCAGACCCAGCCAACAUGGUGGAGGAUCAGUACAAGGUGGUGAGGAACUCAAAUUACGGCUGGCGAGCUCUCCGUCUUCUCUCACGCCGCAGUCCACACUUCUUCCAGCCCACAAAUCAGCAGUUCAAGAGUCUGGAGGAUUAUCUAGAGAACAUGGUGAUCAAACUGGCCAAGGAACUUCCUAAGGAUCUCCCGUCUGAGGAGAUAAAGACUGGAGAGGAGGAGGACGAGAGCGGAGACAAUCUGCUGAAGGAGAGCAAUGACAGUCCGAGUAUUCAGAGCAAACUGGUGACUAACAGUCAGAUGGACGAAAUCGCCAAGAAGCUCGGGGCUCAGUGGAAGUCGCUCGCGCCUCACCUGGAUGUGAAGGAGGUGGAGAUUCGCGAGAUCGAAGCAGACAGUGACGACGUUGAGCUUCAGGCCAAAAUGAUGCUGGUGUCCUGGCAGGACCGGGAGGAUGCCCAGGCCACCAUGGAGAGCCUGGUCACGGCACUGAACACCGCUGGCUUCGCUAGCAUCGCACAGGGCUUCAGUGAAACAUGACUUCACUUAGCACAGUGCUAACGAUCCGUCUGUUAGCUGACGUAUGGGAACGGGAGUUCUUUAAUCAAGGGGGUGGAGCUAAAUGCACCUCAUCGGUCUGCACGUUGUGUUUGACACUGAGCUCUUUGCUAGUGACUGUGCUUUCAUUAGCACUGUGCUAAAAGCAGAUUAGCGUAUCUCAUAUUUUAAUUUUUUUCCCCUUCCCACAUGGUGUUUUGUACAUAUUUGAUGUAUUUGCAAAUAAACAUCAGUCAUGUUGCAUUAACACGGUUCAACACCA